AUGUCUAAACCUCAAAGAGCUAUACCUUCUGUUCCCUCCGGCAAUGUGGAGUAUACAGCAAAGGUGAAAGAGAUCAACGAGCGGAUGAAGGCACAAAUCCCAGCGUCUCUGCGUCUUUCGGAAAGCAUUCUCGACAACUUGCCCGUAGACGUGACUGAGAUCCCGAAGACCUGUGGAUUGUUGACUCAUCAUGAGCUUGCAAUCACUGAGCUCGAUGCGACGGAUCUUCGUGACAAACUGGCUCAAGGGAAAUUAACAGCGGUCGAAACGGUCACUGCAUACGGGAGACGGGCAGCUAUCGCUCAUCAACUUGUACACUGCCUUGUAGACUUCUUCCUGGAUGAAACUUUGGAUAGAGCCAAAGAGCUUGAUCAGUACUUCGUCCGAGAAGGGAAAGUGGUCGGACCGUUGCAUGGCGAACAAGUGCCGAUCAAAGGAAGAUUCGCAUCGGGUGGCUUUUUGUCUCUGUUUGAGAUCUCGAAGGAUGACUGCCUGAUGAUAAAGAUUUUGCGAGAGCUGGGAGCAGUCUUUUACGUCAAGACAAAUCAACCGCAGAGUAUCAAUCAUCUGGAAACCGUGUCUUUCCAUGGUCGAACUCUCAAUCCAUAUAACACAAACCUCACACCUGGCGGCUCCUCCGGUGGAGAAUCAGCUUUGCUGGCGAUGAAAGGUUCCCCGAUCGGCUUGGGAAACGAGGGUGGAGGAAGUAUCCAAGAUCCUUGCGCUAAAUGCGGUUUGUACGGGCUGCGUCCGACCAGCAAUACCAUGCCGAAGGGAGGUUAUCUCCACUAUCAUAAGACCAAUGACGGCUCUGUCGCAGCGACUGGUCCGAUGUGUCGAUCAGCGCGGGACAUCAAUCUGUUUUUCAGCUCUGUGCGCGGAACGCAGCCUCAUUUGAAGGACCAACUAUCGAUUCCUCUACCGUGGAGCGUUCCGGAUAAGCUAGAUCGAAAACUUCGGAUCGGCAUAAUGAUGCAUGAUGGGGUCGUGAUGCCACAGCCCCCAAUGUUGCGGGCUCUUAAGGUGGCAUACAAAAAGUUGCAAGCAAGCGAUGAGGUCGAGGUGGUAGACUACCUUCCUUAUGAACAUGGGCUUGGAUAUGACAUAAUUAGGGAAAUAUACUUCGAGGAUGGAGGCGCAACUGUUCGAGGGAUGCUUGAAGAAGGCGGGGAAAACAUCCUGCCGUUGACUGAGUGGGUGAUCAGCCCACCGCACACGUUUGAGCAUACUGUGCUACAGUCAUGGAAUCUUCGGUAUAGACGAGACCAAUAUAAGCAGGCGUACCUAGAUUAUUGGAAUUCCACGGGAUGCGAUGUCAUUCUUUGCGCACCUUUCCCCGGAACAGCAAAUCCGCAUGACAUGGCCCGAUACUGGGGAUACACGGCAAUUUUCAAUUUGUUAGAUUAUCCGGGUGUUGUAUUCCCCACAGGCCUCAAACUGGAUCCGAGAGUUGACGUUGCGUACGAAUCGACCGAGGCUAUGAGUGAGGCAGACAAGUACUUCAGGGACUUCUGUAAGAGCGCUGCUAUAUUGUGUGACCAUGCCUAA